CACACCCAGCCCGGGGCGCGGUCUGAGUCGCCGCCGCACCUGUCACCGCUCGACGCCCUUCUGGGCGACUCCGACCGGUCCUGCCGCUUAGUGCGUGUGGGAUGCUGGAGACAGCGGAACUAGAGAAACGGAAACGAGGUCGUGUACGCAAGGCGGGUGUCACUCAGAAACGCAGAGCGAAGGCGGGGUCCUGACCGGAGCGCCUGCCUCUGGUGGGUGGGCUCUAAAGCGGUUGCCUCGGGCCUCUUGUCCUGUCUCUUUCGGAUUUUCUGCGUUGGUGCAGAACUUCAUAAUGAGAAAAGAAAGACGGGCUGCAGCAGCUCCAUUUGAAGGAGAAAUGAAAAGGCGUAUCAUGUACAACGGGAAUUUUUUGAGACAGAGCACUUAGGGGGAAUCCUCGUGGAUUCGCGUGUUAUUCUGAAAGCACGUGGGAAUGGGGUAAGAGAAGUUUAGGGAGACGGUGGGUCUUUUCCACAUCUUUGAGAAGUGGAAGCUCGACAGCUGAAGUCAAGGGAACCCGUUCUUAUUGACCCUGACGUUUGCCAGACGAUCACCAGAAUUCCCUUCUCCGUGACCAGGAUGUCGGUGGAGUGGGGCUUGAAGGCGGGUUUGCGUGGUAUCCGGGCACCUGUGCCCUGUCCGUUGUGCCUGAGCGGAGGGGGACCUGUGCCUCUGCCCUCGCCCCUUUGUUUCCUACGGCUGCUAAAUGAUAGGAAAUGGGAUCUCGGACGCUACAGACAGUAGAGACUUUUGAGGGGCGUCAUAGGAUGUGUGCUGGGGCCUCAGCUGGGGGUGGCGAGCUGUGUGCUGUCCCUGUGCCUCCAUGUCCUCACUGAGGCAUCCCGGCACAGCUGCCCCACCAGCAUGGCCAGGGAGUGUGAGGGCUUCUCUGGAAAUGAGAAGGAGGCUCUGUCGGGGCAGAGAAGUGCCUUGGACUGGCAUCUCAUAUGCUAAGUGGUCUGGGGUCCACACAGCGACACUGCCAUACGUUCCCGUGUCGUCCCUGGGCACGCCCCUGCACCGCUUAGAGGACGUGCUCCGUGUUGAGUUCUGAGGGUUUGCCUUUCCGAUGAAGGAGUCGAUAAUCCUCGUUCUCUUGGGCGUCGUGGUUUCGUGGUCUCAGACUCUCUCCUAUAUUUCCAUCAUGAACACUAACCGCGGGUUUUAUACCGGACACUUCCAUCUUCCGAACCUGUCUCCCAUCCUGUCUUUUCCCCCCGCAUGCACACAGGGCACCUCUGGUAUGACAGGCCCGGAGACCCCGCCCACUUUCUAGCCAUGGAGGAGACCGGCCGGGAGGCUGUGGCGACCGCGGUGCAGAGGGUGGCCGGGAUGCUCCAGCGGCCGGACCAGCUGGACAAAGUGGAGCAGUAUCGCAGGCGAGAGGCCCGGAAGAAGGCCUCCGUGGAGGCCAGACUGAAGGCCGCGAUCCAGUCGCAGUUGGAUGGGGUGCGCGCGGGCCUGAGCCAGCUGCACAGCGCGCUGAACGACGUGAAAGAUGUCCAGCAGUCCCUGGCCGACGUCAGCCAGGACUGGCGGCGGAGCAUCAAUACCAUCGAGAGCCUCCGGGACGUGAAGGACGCCGUGGUGCGGCACAGCCAGCUGGCCGCUGCCGUGGAGAACCUCAAGAACAUCUUCUCAGUGCCUGAGAUUGUGAGGGACACGCAGGACCUCAUAGAGCAGGGAGCGCUCCUGCAGGCCCACCGGAAGCUGAUGGACCUGGAGUGCUCCCGGGACGGGCUGAUGUGUGAGCAGUACCGCAUGGACAGCAGGAACACCCGCGACAUGACCCUCAUCCACAGCUACUUCGGGAGCACGCAGGCUCUCUCUGACGAGCUGGCCAAGCAGCUAUGGAUGGUCCUGCAGAGGUCGCUGGUCACCGUCCGCCGUGACCCCACCUUGCUGGUGUCCGUUGUCAGGAUCAUCGAAAGGGAAGAAAAGAUUGACAGGCGCAUACUCGACCGAAAAAAGCAGACUGGCUUCGUUCCUCCCGGGAGGCCCAAGAGUUGGAAGGAGAAGAUGUUUGCCGUCUUGGACAGAACCGUGACCACCAGAAUCGAGGGCACACAGGCAGACACCAGGGAGUCCGACAAGAUGUGGCUCGUCCGCCACCUGGAGAUCAUAAGGAAGUAUGUCCUGGAUGACCUCGUCGUUGCCAAGACCCUGAUGGCACAGUGUUUUCCUCCGCAUUAUGAGAUUUUCAGGAACCUCCUGAGCAUGUACCACCAGGCGCUGAGCACGCGGAUGCAGGAGCUUGCCUCGGAAGACCUGGAAGCGAAUGAGAUUGUGAGCCUGCUGACGUGGGUCCUGAACACCUACACGAGCGCAGAGAUGAUGGGGAACAUGGAGCUGGCCCCAGAAGUGGACGUCAGCGCCCUGGAGCCUUUGCUGUCUCCACACGUGGUCUCUGAGCUGCUGGACACGUACAUGUCGACUCUCACUUCGAACAUCAUUGCCUGGCUGCGGAAAGCUCUAGAAACAGACAAGAAAGACUGGGUAAAAGAGACGGAGCCAGAAGCCGACCAAGACGGGUACUACCAGACGACGCUCCCGGCCAUCGUCUUCCAGAUGUUCGAACAGAAUCUUCAAGUUGCUGCUCAGAUAAGUGAAGAUUUGAAAACAAAGGUGCUCGUUUUGUGUCUUCAGCAAAUGAAUUCUUUCUUAAGUAGGUACAGAGACGAAGCCCAGCUGUACAAGGAGGAGCACCUGAGGGACCGGCAGCGCCCACACUGCUACGUGCAGUACAUGGUCGCCAUCAUCAACAACUGCCAGACCUUCAAAGAAUCCAUCGUCAGUUUAAAGCGGAAGUAUUUAAGAAGCGCAGGCGAAGACGGCGUGUCCGUGAGCCAGCCGAGCAUGGACGGCGUCCUGGAUGCCAUCGCCGACGAGGGCUGCCGCAGCCUGCUGGAGGAGGUCUUCCUGGACCUGGAGCAACAUCUCAGUGAGCUGAUGACAAAAAAGUGGCUGUCGGGAUCGAAGGCUGUAGACAUCAUCUGCGUCACCGUGGAAGACUAUUUCAAUGAUUUUGCCAAAAUCAAAAAGCCAUAUAAAAAGAGGCUGACGGCCGAGGCGCACCGGCGCGUGGUGGUGGAGUACCUGCGGGCCGUCAUGGCGAAGCGCAUCUCCUUCCGGAGCCCCGAGGAGCGCAAGGAGGGCGCCGAGCGGAUGGUCAGGGAGGCUGAGCAGCUCCGCUUCCUGUUCCGGAAGCUGGCUUCCGGGCUCGGCGAAGAGGCGGAUGGGUACUGCGACACGAUCACGGCCGUCGCAGAGGUGAUAAAGCUGACGGACCCGUCCCUGCUGUACCUGGAGGUCUCGACUCUGGUCAGCAAGUACCCGGACAUCAGGGACGAGCACAUCGGCGCGCUGCUUGCCAUGCGAGGGGACGCCAGUCGGGACAUGAAGCAGACCAUCAUCGAGACGCUGGAGCAGGGCACCACACAGGCGAGUCCGAACUACGUGCCCAUCUUCAGGGACAUUACGGUCCACAGUCUGAACGUCACCAAGCUCCUCAAAUAA